AUGAUCAGACUGACCUGGUUACCAUUUAGUCCUACUGAAGGAACAUCCGGACAUACAUUUGACAUUUUUCAAGCUGAUCCAACAGGCGACAUAAAACUCGCCACAGUCUCGAACCAGAACGAAGAGUUGACAUCUUACAAUGUCACUGGACUAACCAGCAACAGAAACUAUAGUUUUUAUUUGCACGUAAAGAGUGAUCAGUUCGUGACAGAGUGCAGUCACUUGGUUACUUGGAUAGCAAUAAAAGGAGCAGUUAGACACCUUUCAGAUGGUCAAGCAUCAAAAACUAACAUUGUGAUCUAUAUAAUACCCAUUGUACUUGUUGUGAUUAUUCUGGUCAUUUGUGUGGUCAUCACUGUCUUGGUCAGAAAAAGAAAAAAUCACAAUAAGAUAAAUGACAAACUUAUUGAUCAGAAAGAAUUAGAAUACUUUUGUGGGAUGGAGACAAUAUCUCCUCAAAAUUCCAAUCAAAGAAACAGCUAUAUUGGUAAUGGAGCAGAAGUGUCGCUGUAUUCAACUGAAGCUGCUGAAAAUAUUUACAACAAUGUCCUGGAGCACAAAGCUCAACAGGGCGCCAAAGUUUUAAAACCGGCACGAAAGUCUGGCUCAUCGGUGGAGUUUAAUGAUGUUUCCAUGGCGACUGGAGAUCAUCAAGCUCAGACUUUGCCUCUUGGGAAAACGCUGGUCACGUGGGACAAUGAGAAGGAAGAUGCCAACGUCUAUGCGAAUACACUAGACGACACUUCAGAACAAGGCCAAGAACUUAAAGACCACAGAAAAGAAACAGCCAUGCCUUCAAAUGACGAUGAAAUCCCAAACCUAGAACUGGACAAGCAAAACGUUAAUCCUAAUGAAGACUUUCGGACAGUCAGUGCUGAGGGGCUGGUCUACGUCAGCGUAGAAAUCAGCAGAAGCGGCCCCCAGAUUGUAGGUGAAAACCCCAAAGUUACAGAGAAGUUGGACAAGAAUCUGACAAAGGGUAAAAAGAAGACACAGAUAACAAAAGAAGUCAAACCAACUUAUGAAGCUGUGGAGUACAGCAGUCUAGACUAUCUGGCUACAUCAGUGGCAGCAACUGAAGAUGGUGUGAGCGACUUAACAGAUACUAAUGAUCAAUAAUAAACAAACACUUAUAAAUAAACUUUUCAUACUGUAUGCCCAUAUUUAUUCAGGAAACGUAUAUUCAAUGAAGAUUCUUUAUGUAAUAAAAAGAUUUGAAUAUUGUAUUUAAUAAUAUAUGUAAUUAGAUUAUUAUUAAACAGAGAUGAUAUGUAAUGUAGAUAUUAUGUAAUGAUAAUAAAUACAUGCAGUUACAUAUCAUACACAACACACGUGAA